CGAACUCUAACGCCCUAUAAUAAAUUCGUACCUAUCGGAUACAGCUUGCUAUAACGCAUUUCGCUUUCUCGCUUCCAUUCACUUUACAGGUCAUCAGCAUGGGUAACGACGGGGGAUCUAUACCACGACGUAUCGAAUUAGUCAAGGAAAAGCAAAAAGAGGUCAAGAUCAAUCCUGAUCUUGAACGGAUCGCUGCCUGGUUCUACUGUGCCUUAUCAAAGCAAACAUUACAAACACCCAUUGUAUCGUGCGGUCUGGGUAAAUUGUACAAUCAGGAUGCCAUUAUUGAAUAUCUUCUCGACAAGAAUGCUUAUGGUGAUGGCGACAAGAUCUGUUCCCACAUUAGCUCUCCAAAAGACACUGUAAAACUCAACUUGACACCCAAUCCUUCAUACGAUGAAUCCAAGUCUGACAAGGACUCAACUACCAUGGGUCACCUGGACAAGGAAAUGAAGAGUCGAUUUAUUUGCCCGAUUUCAAUGAAGGAGAUGAAUGGAAAGCACCGUUUUGUCUAUUUGGAUACCUGCGGCUGUGUCUUUGCCGAACAGUCUCUGAAAGAAGUCAAGUCGAAGGAAUGCGUUUCUUGCGGUAAACCUUUUGAAUCCGAAAAUGUUAUUGUCAUCAAUCCCAACAAGGAAGAGUUGGAUGGUAUGAAGACGGUUAUAAAAGCCAAGAAAGCACAAGCAAAAGCUGAAAAAAAAGCAAAGAAGGCCGCCAAGCAGGAGGGUGGAUCAGAUAAAGAAAAGAAGAGAAAGCGAGACAAGACUUCACCGCCACAGCAGUCCAGUUUGGCACCACCUGCUAAGAAGUCCAACAUUUCUUCGUCCGCAGCUGCUGCCGUGAUGGGUAAAGUGGCCCAAGAGCUUGCUGAGAAGGAAAAGAACAAAGAGGUGUCGCAAGCAGUGAAGAGUAUAUAUGCAAAAAAGGAGGUCAAGGGCAAUUACUUGACAAUGGGUACAUUCAACCGUUACGCAUCAUAAACGCAAAGAUUAUAAUCGUUUUAUAUCUUUUUGUACAUAGCAA